AUGUCUGUCCAGCACAAGAUCCUCCGUACCGCCAACGCCCCCACUACUCCUCCUGAUGAGACCGAGACCAGCGUUGCGCAGGCUCUGAUUGACCUCGAGAACAACGUUCCCGAGCUCAAGUCGGAACUCCGACCUCUGCAGAUUUCUGCUGCCCGUGAAGUCGACGUUCGUGGCGGCAAGAAGGCCAUCGUCAUUUUUGUCCCUGUGCCUCAGUUGAAGGCAUUCCACAAAGUUCAGCAGAGGCUGACCCGUGAGCUCGAGAAGAAGUUCUCUGACCGCCAUGUUGUUUUCGUUGCGCAGCGCCGGGUGCUGCCCAAGCCGACGCGCAACUCGCGGGUGAAGCAGAAGAGGCCCCGCAGCCGCACCCUCACGAACGUCCACGAGAAGAUCCUUGAGGACCUCGUCUUCCCCACGGAGAUCGUUGGUAAGAGGACGCGUGUCGCCGUCGAUGGCUCAAAACUGCUGAAGGUCUUCCUGGACUCGAAGGAUGCGACAUCACUCGAGUACAAGCUGGACUCGUUCUCUUCAGUAUACCGCCGUCUGACAGGGAAGGAUGUCGUGUUCGAGUUCCCCGUGCAGGCGCAGGAGUAG